UCCUCUGCCUGUGAUUGUCAUGCUUACAUGCACUGUUGUAAGCAGUUAAUCUAUGGCCCUAGUUCAAAGAGAGGCAACAGUGUUACUACUCUGGGCAUGCAUGUGACGUAGUCUAUAGCUCGUCAUUCUUCUGUACAGGUUUGUCUGCAUGACAGGAAAGGGCUGGGUCAGGGUAGUAUGAGAGGAAUGCUACCGUUACUAUGUAAGUCACACAAUAGAAGGGAGCUGAUUGGCUUAGAAGACAAACCUCUGUUCCCUAUCAGUGUUCUGGCUGGCUUUUGUAGAGUCAAAUCAAAUCCAACUUAAUUGAAAGCACAUUCAAAGGACACUUUACAUGCAUGUGUACUAGGUUAGGGCAUACUGAGACUCUACAGAUGAGAAUUCUAUGGAAGUCGGACACCUCAUUUUAAUAUAUUUGGAUAUUAACUCUAAAAACAAAAUACAGGACCUUGACUUAACAGGCAGUUCAAAUAUUGUCUUUGUAUGAUUGUUAGACACUGGUCUGAGACAGCUGUGUUCUUCAAUUAAAUACAACUAUAUUUACCCAAUCAGGGGCAAUUAAGAAAGCCAUAGCCAGAUUAUAUCAACAUCCUCAACUAAUACAAACAUCACCUGCCGCAAUACAUCCCCCUUUCUGUUGGUUAUGUAGGAAUGGAGCGAUGGUCCACAAUUCCACCACUAGAGGGCACAGGGGGACAAAAUGGAUCCCUGGUGGUCCAAGAGUUAGAAGUCACUGCUUUUGAAGUUUGCAUGGAAUCUAUUAGUGUUGACAUGCUAAACUGUAAGUAGGCACUAAAGUGAACUCUCCACUGUAAAUGUUUCUAAGCAAAGCAACCAUCUUAAGAAAUGUAACUAGUAUCUUUGAAUAUGAGCUAAAUAUCAAUUCUAUAUGUCUGAUUCCUGACGCACUGUGGGCCUCAAAAUACUUUUGAUUUGUCAUUGAAGAUAUCAAACACACCAGCCCAUUAUCUGUUCACAUGAUCUCUUCGAGAUCUAUAUUACAAACAGUUUUUGACAUUUUCCGGAAUAUUGUAUAUGUUAGACUGACCGCAUGUCGAAGCAGUGCAGGCGAUUGUUUAAAUGCUUCAUAGAGUAAAUUUGCUUGGAAGCCAUUGAAGAUAUUCUCUGUUACUCAGGUCAAUUCAGAAUGUAAAAGCACCACACAGACUUAUCAACUGAAGCUCAGACAGACAUUAAUACAAACACACACACACACACACACACACACACACACACACACACACACACACACACACACACACACACACACACACACACAGUUUCCUCAGGAAAAAGCAUCAUUUUCAGCUACAAUACAACCAGUCAGGAAGCCGGGUGAGCACAGUGCUCCCCUGAGCAACAGUGGAGAUACACACACCGGGAUGACAUUCUACUGAGACACUGUGCAUUAACUACACAAGUAUUAGAUCCCUGAGCACAAGCAUCAUGCCCAUCCUUAAAAACCUUCCAGGGAGGACCAGGAGUAACCAUGGGAACAGUGAACUCAUCUUGCCCAGGUUAAACUUGGGCCUGAGUCCCUUCGAGGAGGUGAACCUGGAGGAGGAGAGGAACGAGGGCGAACCCCCCAUUUUGGUGGGCCGUGGAGCAAAAUCCCUCCAGUGCAGGUUGUCGCGAGAUGGGGAAGAGGAGGAGAAUGAGGUGAACAUGGAGAGGCACGGCACCGGGGCCCCUAAAGGGGGAAGACCCCUGAGGGGGACUCUGGAGCGACUUUGCGGCUCUUCCCCCCUGAAAACCCUGGAGAAGUUGGGGAAGGGGCUGCGUAUGUCGGGGUGCAGCGUGUGGGGGACCAGCCCGUCCCUACGAAGCCCCACGGACCCCCACUCGCCCUCGCCAGAGAAAGAGAAGAGGAAGGGCAUCCGCAGGAGCUCAGAGGAGAUCAUGACCCUGCUACGAUUUGCAGGGCGGCGGAAGCAGACACAGCGUAGAGAGAGCCUGCCCUGCGGGGACCUGGGCAUUGACAGCGAGGAUGAGUCUCGCCGCCGGCCCUCCUUCCUCAGGAUGGUCAGCCUUAGCAAACUGAAGAGGGAGUCCCUGUCAGACCACAACUCCCAGGAGGCCGAGGAGGAGCUGGAGGAGGAAGAGCCAGUGGUCAAACCUAGGGAACCACUCUCAGUGCUGGAGAUCCUACAGCUGGUCAACCAGAGGGACCUCCUCCUGGCCGACACACACAUCCAGGAGCUGGAGCACGAGUGCGAGCUGCUGGCCUUCCUGCCACACCCCCCCACGUCUCCAUCCACACCCCCAGGAGUGACCCCUCCCGGGUCCUUCGACAACCCCUCCAGCCCCAACGCGUCACGGGACGCCAGCAGGCGCAAGGCCAAGGAUGUGGAGCUGCUGUAUGAGGCCCUGCAGAAGGAGAUGUGGGACGUGGUGAGGGAGUCCCUCCGCCAGCCCACAGCCGGGCCCAACCUGGGACUGGUGGUGCUGGUCAUUCAGCAGGAGGAGCAGGCUGACAUUGCCCAGGCCCAGAGAGAGGAGACCCAGACCCAGCCCUUAAGGGAGGGCCUCCAGCCCCAUCAUAGCCAGAGGCCCCGUCAGCUCAAGCUGAAAUGGCGGCAGGCGGUGGCGGAGGCGGCAGACUGGAGCCUGCCGCAGCAGGUGGACACUCAGGCGGGGCAGCUGGCCUCGUACCUGGAGAGGUUAAGGGGACGCAUGGUGGACGACCUGGACGCGGCACGGAGGAACGUGGUGUCGGUCUACCCGGAGGAGUUCCAGGCCUUCCAGGUGUAUGUACAGAGCUACCACCGGGCGGUGGCCAGACGCCUGAAAAUCAUUACCAGCUCCCAGCUUCAGAUCACUGACGUCUACUCUAUGCUGGACUGGUUCUACAACAUUUACAACAGGGAUGUCCUGGGCACCGUUGGCAUGAAAACCCCAAUUAACUACUCCCGACUGGAACCCCUACUGCACCAAGACACAGUGGACCAACUGGAACAGGACUGCCUGAACACUGUCAGGGAGAAGGUGUCCACAGAGCUCACUCAGGUUCUGGAUGAGGAGGAGAGGCGGUGGGCCCAAACGCUGCACAUAGAGGAGUACCAGUCCAAUCUGGCCCGCUCUGUCAUCCAGAGACUAAAGGUAGACCUGGACAGAUCAACAGCUGUAAGCCAGUUUCUGGGGGCCAGGGUGGCCCGCUGCAAUCUUAAUGGACUGUCUGACUUCCUAUAUAGUUUCCAGAGAAAGGUGGGGAUGUUCCAUGAGACCCAGGCUGAGUUUGGGGACCGGGGUGAUGGAUACGUCUCCAGGACCAUCUCUCUGGUCAACUGCUGCCCGCCUCUCAGAUCCUUUGUACAGCGUUGCAGGCAGUGUGACCCACAGAGCAAUGAGGAGUCCACACAGAGAGCUAACUCCUCCCUGGACAGGAUUGUUAACCAAUCAGUGCGGGUUCUGACGGAAAGACUAUUUGAGCACAUCAGGCCGUUCUUUGACAAGCUGGUGAAAAGGAAGUGGCUAAACAACACUGAGGCCUUUGAGGCCAUCGAAGCAAGCGUCAAACAACACUUUAAGAAGUUCAGAAGAAUGGACUGCCCACCUUAUCAGAUACUGGUGGGGGAGAUACACAGGCGGGUUUUGGUGGAGUAUUUGCGUGCGAUCAUGCGAGGACGGGUCAUCUGCACAUCAUCGAAGAUGAGGAAGAGGAUGGCAUUCCGGCUGCAGGACGAGGCCAAGCAGCUCAAAGGGCUCUUUAAAGACCUGGAGUCAGGAUCCUCUUGGCUGGACAGUGUCCUCGCUCACCUGGCUGACAUCAUUCUCCUGGAGGACACUCCGUCCAUCCAGAUGGAGGUUGCUGUUCUGGUGAAAGAGUUUCCAGAUAUACGGAAGAAGCACAUCUCCACCCUGCUAAAUGUGCGGGGGAUGAUACGUCAGGCGGAGCGCCAGGAAAUCUUGAACGUGGUCCGAGACUUUGAGAGCAGCAACGGCUCUACCCUGCCAAGCAGGGAUCAUGCCCUCUUCUCGGACAUCCCUGUCACCUCUGAGGUGCAUUGCAUCAACCUGGGCCUCAUCCGUGUUGCCAUGACCCUCGCCAACUGGUUCUCAGAGGCCCGGCUUCGACGACACCGUAAGAGAAGCCCCAGAAACAGAACCACGCUGCCACCGGAACACCUGAAAGAGGACAAGGAUAUGGAUUAUGAUUGACUUCAAGGAAAUCAUAUGGAGUUGAUGCACAUAAAGUGUUUGGUAGAACAGAGGCUCGCUCACCUGUAAUUCUGUAUCCAUGUGUGCAUUUCUAUGACUACUUGAUACUGAUGGAGCUUUAUGAUCGAAUUUGGAUUUUUGGAUGUUUGGAUUUCUGCUUUAAAUAAGAGAGGUAGAGGUUUGUUGAUGAUGACACUUCAAAGAGUACUCAAUCUUAAAUUCUGUCAUAUUACUGUAUGUGCUGCGACUACUACAAUGGGGCAGAAUCACAAACUACUGUGAAACUUACUACUACUGAUAAGAAAUGCAAAGUCCCCAUAGAAACAUGAAAUGAAAUGUUUUUAAUUCAUCUGUAAAUGAUCUUCCCACUCAUUUACAGACAUUUGAAUGGAAUGCGAUAAGAAGAACUUGAUAUCAGGUACCACAGAUCCAACCCCAUCUACUGUACUUCAAGCUCAGAUUUUUCUUCAUGUUUACAAUCAUUUUGUAAACCUUAUUGGGUAACAUUUUACAUUAAGGUGUAAUUGUAUACAUUUAUAAGUAGUUAAUAAACUGUUUAAAGAUAGCUUACAUGACUGCACAAUUUUAGCCAAUGUGUUGUAACUGUUUAUAACUAAACACUAAUAGUUUAUAAAAUACUUAUAAACAUUUAGUAAAUAAUUUUAAGUACACCUUAAUGUAAAGUGUUACCGAUUUAAAUAAAUUCUCUGGUACUUUUGAAUACUUUUUAGCCAGUAGUUCUGAAAGUACCACUCAUGAGCCAAAAGUGGUCCCCAGAAAUUGCACACUAUGUCACAUACAGUAUGUGCAGAAAUGUGCACUACGUCAUUGCGUCUCUCUCUCUCUCUCUCUCUCUCUCUCUCUCUCUCUCUCUCUCUCGCUCUUCAUCUUGCAAGAUGUCACUCAAAUGGCGAGAGGCUGAAGCUCAUUUGUCUAGAACUCAAAUUGCUAGACGCAGGAAGUAGGGGUGCUGAGGGUGCUGCAGCACUAGGAUUGAAUAUUUUCCCGGUAUUUUACAAAUGUUCCAUCUCAAGAAUAAAUCAUUAAUCUUC